AUGACCCCAAUAUCCGGUCUGAAACUUCACCGUGCGGGAGCCAAAGCACACCGGAGAGUUUCCUCUGGAAAAAAGCUUCCAACGCUCUUCAAAAUAUCCCAAUUAUCCAAACCUACAAAACCAGAUGAAAAUCCAUAAAUCUAAUAUCAUACAUUGGUUUUAGUCAUCCGGAAGCAAUGAUAUAUAAUUUAUAGGCUCAAAAAUUAUGUAAUUUUCUGCUGUAAAUUAUGAAUUUAUGUAGAUACAAGGUCAGACAGAUAGAAAUAUAGUUUUUUUUUUUUUGUUUGGUUGUAAUGGGGAACCAGAAGCAGAAGUGGACGCCGGAGGAGGAGGAAGCUCUAAAAGCAGGAGUGAAGAAGCACGGCACCGGAAAAUGGAAGAAUAUACUCAAGGACCAGUUUGCCCCUUUUCUCACCAAUCGUUCCAACAUUGACCUCAAGGAUAAAUGGCGGAAUGUGAGCAUUAGUACUGGACAAAUCUCUAAAGUUAAAUCCAUGGCUCCUAGAAUAAAACAAUCGACAGCUAUAGCACUGCCCAUUACCCCAAUUUCUGCUGUUCCUAUUUUAGUUGUUGAGGAUGAUGCAGUAGAUGAUCCAUCCAAAAGCCCACAGGAAGGAAGGAAUGCUCCGCGGUAUGACUCUAUGAUCUUUGAAGCAAUUACAGACAUUAAAGAUCCAAAUGGAUCUGAUAUUGGUGCCAUUGUUCGCUUUAUUGAGCAACGGCAUGAGGUUCCCCAAAAUUUCAGAAGGUUGUUGAGUUCAAACUUGAGAAGACUUGUUUUGAAAGGCAAGCUUGAAAAGGUCCAGAAUUGUUUUAAGAUGAAAGAUGCAGCAUCGGGAGCGAAACCUCCUAUGCCCAAAAAGAAAGAUGUUUGUUCCAGACCAUCACAGAAUUUUGGCUCAGUGACCUCAAUUGAAAAAUUGAAAGAUGCUGCUAUUAAUGCCGCAUACAGGAUUGCUGAAGCAGAAAACAAAUCAUUUGUAGCAGCUGAAGCAGUUAGGGAGUAUGAGAGGGCUGUUAAUAUAGCCGAAGACACAGAUUCAGCACUAUUACUAGUUAAAGACAUCUAUGAUCGAUGUUCGCAAGGUCAAAUGGUCCUCUUGAGUUGCAGAUAGGCAGUCCUUCAAGUUGCUAAUAGUAUAUAUAAAUGUUAACGAGGAAGUUUUCUUCAGUUUCCUUGUAUCUUAGAGCUGACUAACCUGCACAGCAACAGGUACAAGUAACUUAGUAGAUCAGCUAAGAAGGAUGUUUUAGGGUGCAUGAACUGUCCAACGAUUUUGAACGUUGUGAUCAUUACCUAAUUCUUGCUCUGUA